GCGGGACUUACUUGUUGUGUGUUACUUCUAUGUUUCAAGACAGCAAUUCUUCUCCUCUUAUAUGUUUGUCGAAAAUUGUCCUCAGCAGUAUACCUUCUGGAUGGAAAAUAACAUCUCAACUAAAUGAUUGUUUUGAGUUGUUUUCGAGCAUUCUACCAUUUUCAUCGCCACUGGAAUUGGAGUAUUUUUUCCAGUUCAACCACUUCGAAAACAAAGGAGAAAUAAAAACUAUUUACGGAGCGUUCGCUCAUUAUGAAAUAUCGAAAAAGCUGAAACAGUCAAUGUUUCGGAAGGAAAUAUCACUCAGUACUUCUUGUUUGUUGUCUCUAAUAGAAAAUCCUCCUCCAAAUUUUACCAUUAACUACUUGCUUGGCCUACCUUCUAAAUUAUUUCGACAGUUUAUCACGAUAAACUUCUGUAUAUAUUGGCUGCCAAUGACGCAUGUAUUGUAUCAUCGCACUAUUACGGAUGAGGGGAGUUUUGGGGCUUUGCAGACUGUUUUCAGUUUCUUAGCUGACCCACAUGUUUUUAACAAGCUAUAUGAAACAUGCAGAGAUGUACAAGUAUUCAUUUACUCUUGGAUGCAACAUGGUCAUUUCUAUGGUGUUAGCGGGGCAAAUAAUGAAGUCAACCAAUACAUGAAUAUAGUUAUCAAACAUUCAGAUUAUUCCCCUCUUGUUGAACCACAUACAUUAUCAAAUAAUUUGGUUUUAAACUUGCACGAAGUUCUUAGUCGAGCUACCCGGUUAAAACGUAAUGCAGCUCCAGAGGUAACAGCUGCUGCAUUGCUUGGUCUCAAAGUUUCAAACUUUUUGUGCGAGUGUUCGGAAUAUGUUCAUGCAUACAAAGCAGCUCGGAUUGUUCACGAAACUGUGCGUUCUUUUUUCACUCAUAAAAAAUAUCAUCAUGCUCAGCAGCGUUUAGAGUAUGAAGCUAUGUGCAUCAUGCUUAGAGCGAUGAAUGCGCAUAAUAUGUACUUAGAACCUGAAGAUCAACAAGUUUUUCAACAUGAAGCACCCAAUUUACUGAAGUCGAUGUGGAAGUCGAACUUGUUAAUGACCAAGUCAAUUGAUCUUAAUAAUUUUGACUAUUCCUUGUUACCAGUUAGCCUGGAGAAUGCAUCUCGAAAUGCUUUUGAUUCUAUUGGAUUAUCAGCGUCUCGAUCGUCAGAUGAAAUUUCUGAAAGUACUUCAUCUACUUCUAUCAGAAUCGUUGGACCUGCUGGUGAUGAAUCUCCUUGUGUUUUCGAAACACCUAUAACUCAACCAGCCUCUUUAAUUUCAGAUUCCUACUUUCCAACUGUUUAUUCGACCUCCGAAGUUGUGCUCAACCUAUUGGAUGGUGAUCUGGAUAUGUGUAUGUCUACUAGUGCUUAUAUGAAUGCACAACUUGCGACUUAUCAUUAUUCCAUGUGUCAUUAUCAAAUAGCUUUUCAUUUUACUGUACUGGCUAUUGAACAGUUAGAAAUAUGUUUCAACCAAGGUACACCACCGUCUCCUCAUGUUACAGUUGAAGUUCUCCGUAUUAUGUGCAAAUUGUGUAUCAUCAAAAGAAAAUAUAAUCUAGGACUACGAAUUAUUCAACACGCAUUAGUGUAUACCAGAUCUGCUUAUGGUUAUCGUAAUUUGGUGUAUGCCAAUUUGCUUAUUGAAUAUGGUUGUUUAAUGCUAAAUACAGAUAAAACGCGUAAAGCAGCAAAAAUUUAUCGGAUUGCUUUAGCAUUAAUACUGAAUUAUUUACCCGGUGCUAGUAUUAUGGUUGCUUUAGCUUUGGAAGCUAUAGCAUAUGCACAUUAUGUCCUUGAAUAUACAUCAGGUGAUUUCACUUAUGCAUUGAAUUGCGCUGAAAUAGCUGGCCUAAUGCUUCGUCGCUUAAACUAUGGUGUUUGUAUGCAAGCAGCCUCAGCUAAUCGAGUCAAAGCUUUGAUAAUUGAAGAAAUAGCCAUCGAUGAUAAUGACCCAUCUAGAACAAGAUCUGAUCUAAAGUUGGCACGUGAUCUGCAUAUGGAAUCGUUAGAACUUUGUGAACGAACCUACGGAUUAUGGAAUAUUCAAACUGCAAAACAUUUUGGUAAUCUUGGUCGACUCUACCAAUCGAUGCAAAAUAAUAAAGAAGCAGAAAUUAUGCAUUUAAGAGCUAUUGAAAUUAAAGAACGUUUACUUGGACCAACAGAUUUUGAAGUUGGUUUAAGUGUUGGUCAUUUAGCUAGUCUAUACAAUUAUGAUAUGGAUCGAUUUAAAGAAGCUGAACAACUGUAUUUACGUUCUGUACAAAUUAGUUUAAAUUUAUUCGGUCCUACAUAUAGUGGUUUAGAAUAUGAUUAUCGUGGUUUACAACGUGUUUAUCAUGAAUUAGGUAAUUAUACAGAAAUGCAACGUUAUCAAGGUUUAUUUGAUUAUUGGUCUAAAGAAAGACAACGUCUUCAUUCAUUAGAACCAGCGGAAUCAUUGGAUUCUUUGGAAAUUACCGAUGAAAAUAAUAAUAAUAAUAGCAGUAAUAGCAGUAAUAAUAAUCAUAUAAGUUUAACAGAACAUUUACAACAUUUAAUAGAAUUAUUAAAAGAAUACAAAUAUCAAUUUAAAUCAAUCUUUGAAAGUUUACAUGUUGAUUGUAACAAUGAAAAUAUGAUAAAUACUACAACAAGACAAGGUAAUUUAACUAUGGAAACUAGUCGAUCAACAGGAUAUUAAUAUAUCAUAUUCAUGUAAUAUAUAUAUAUAUAUAUAUAUAUAUAUAUAUAUAUAUAUAUAUAUAUAUAUAUAUUUAUAAAUAUAUAUUGUAAUUCAUGAAUAAAUGAUCUUCAUAUUCUCUGCUGUAUGGAAGUAUUCAUUUCCUACCAACAAUUAUCACUAAACAACAUCAUCAUGCACUUUGUUGAUGAAAAAUUUUACAAAUGUGAUUUUACCUUUUCAUUGUUUCAUAUAUUAUAAAUUGUUUUAUAUUGAACAAAAUAAAGUGUUUUUUUUUCUUCUUCUUGAAUAUAAUGUUUUAAUUGGAAGAACAAGUAUUCUCUUCUUUUUUUUCCAACAUUUCAUUACUUUCAUUGUCUGUAUAUAUGUUUAAAAAAUUAUUAUUAAUAAUAAUAAUAAUA